CCGGAGUGCCCUUUGGGGAAGAAGCAGAAAACUCCGACUUACAGAUGCAGAAAAACUCCGGUCAGCUCCCAGUGCCGUAUUUAAGACUCCAGAAGCCGUCGCUGGAAGACUGGCCAUCUUCACAUUCGAUUUCAUUGUUCAUUGGAAUAAAUGUUCUGAUCGCGACCAACACUGCAGAGAAAUUCUACUUGGACUUGGAGGAAUUUUAUUCCCGCCCCACUCCGUUUUGCUCCACCCACAUCGGCUCUCCUGUGUAACAACCGCCUGGUUCCGACACAAUGGGUCCUACCAAGUACACUGCGCGUUCAGUCCUUGAAACCUUCUACGACGAAGAGCGAAGGUACAUGUCGGCGCCACCGGAAGAGCGGGAUUUCAGCGGCAUCGCCGCUCUCCUGGCGCCCAACUUCUCCCUGGAACAGACGUCAGCGCUACCCUAUGCCGGCGUCUUUACAGGGGCCGAGGGAAUGCAGGAUUGGAUCCGUCGCAUGGCCGAUUACUUCGACGUUGUGGAUGUCAAGAGCCCAGAGAUAUUCGAGCAGCAAGGGUCAGGCCGCAUCGUAGUGCUUUCGAACGUGCACUUUAGAGUCAGAAAGACGGGCGAGGAUCUGGUCUUCCCCUUCUGCCAAGCCGUUACUGUUGAUCUGGAGAAUGGCACCAUGGUUCAUAUGCGACCGUUUUAUUGGGACGUGCAGGAAGUGAACCGGGCACUUGGAUAUAAGCCUUGAUUACAGUCAGGGCAGGGAGGUGGAAGGCAAGAGAGGAGAGUGGUUUCGCGGGGAGAUGGGGUGGAUUGUUUGGGUGGCGCAAGUCGACAUCCGCCAGCUAGCAGCUAUUCUAGCAUGGUUUGGCUGGGUGGUCGGUCACCGGGCCUUGUAUGAACGGCCAGCUUCAUUCCCGUUCCUUUGUCGUC